GUCACGGCGCAGGCGCGCAGAGCACGCGUAGUGCCGGAGGGACGUGAGGCGCGCGGUUUGCUCGUCUGAGCUCCGUCCGGACCGGCCAGGGCGGCGAAGGCGUCAUGUCAGACAACGAGGACAAUUUCGAUGGCGAUGACUUUGACGAUGUGGAGGAGGACGAAGGACUAGAUGACUUGGAAAAUGCCGAGGAGGAAGGUCAGGAGAACGUUGAGAUCCUCCCCUCUGGUGAGCGACCGCAGGCCAACCAGAAGCGAAUCACCACUCCUUACAUGACCAAGUACGAGCGAGCCCGUGUGCUGGGCACCCGCGCUCUCCAGAUCGCGAUGUGUGCCCCCGUGAUGGUGGAGCUGGAGGGGGAGACAGACCCUUUGCUCAUCGCCAUGAAGGAACUCAAGGCCCGGAAGAUCCCAAUCAUCAUUCGCCGUUACCUGCCCGAUGGAAGCUAUGAGGAUUGGGGCGUGGACGAGCUCAUCAUCACCGACUGAGCAGAGCUCUUGGACUGUGCCUGGGCGCCGUUUCUAUGCCCACUUUAGACAUGUAAAUAAUAAACUUCACCCUCCCGUCCCUCUG